AUGGUGUGGCGCCCCGAUCGACUGCUGCUGCUUCCAAAUCAGGGGAAGGCCAUGGAAACAGUCUCCCGGAAACCCGCCAGCUCCCACUUCCUCUGGGAUGGCAAGUUCACUCGCUUCGCAGAAUGGCGCUUCAUUCACAGGGCACGUCUCAACGUGGUGCCCCUGAAUGGAGCUCUGCGAGGACCAGCGAGGAACAAGAUGGGCCGGCGGUGUCUUCAUCCCAACGAGACGCUGCCGCACGUCCUCAAUCACUGCGGCCGCCACUCAGUCGCCUGGCAGCACCGCCACAACUCGGUGUUGCACAGGCUGGCCGCUGCCAUCCCGAGGGACCCGGGCGUGGAGGUGCGGGUAAACUGUGCCGUGCCCCACACCGGGUCCUUGCUCCGUCCUGACCUGGUGGUCGUGGACGAGCCCAGGAAGAUCUCCAUCGUGGAUGUUGCGGUCCCGUUCGAGAACCGCAGCCAGGCUUUGGAUCUCGUGCGGACCACUAAGACGACAAAAUACCAGGGGUUGGCAGACACACUGACCGCGCAGGGCUACACUGUUUACAAUGAGGCCGUCGUCGGGUCCCUCGGAUCCUGGGACCCGUGCAACGACUACGUCCUCCAGCAGUAA